UUUGUAAACGACAGCACCACUGAAGGAAUGGAGGAGGUAUAACACCCUGUGUAUAAAAACUGUUGUCUCGCUAGGUUUCCUUUAUGUAAAUAAGUGACCAUUCAUGCAGUAUUAGAACGGGUCAGACAGGGGGCGAGCUAUACCUCUUUUAAUAUCUUCUACUAGUUGCGAGUCCGGACGGUAAUAUGUUCCGUGUCUUUGUGCGUUCUGUUAAUAUAUCCGGUGGAAUUUCCGGCUCUAACGCGAAAGUUCCGGGCACUGUCAUAUUUUUACUAUUCUUCUGACUCAGAUAUGGCUACCUCGGCAUCAGAUGGAGCUCUGAGGCCUCUGCAGAGAGCCAUGAAAUUUGCAAACCGAGCCAUCCAGCUGGACACUGGAAACAUGCACCGGGAAGCCUACAUGGAGUAUUUGAAGUGUGUGAGUUUUAUUUCUCAGUCCCUGCUGGAAGAAGCAGAUAAAAAAGGUGGCUGUGACAUGUUAAGUGCAGAUUCCCAGAAGAUGCUUAAGUUAGCGGAACAAUGUCUGGAGAGGGCACGGAGCACUGCAGGGAAAGGAAAAGCUGAUGUGGAUGUCUUGUCACUAGCUCCCAGAAUCUCUGAGGUUCCAGAUACACCUGAGUCUCCAUCCUGUGAAGUUUCCAGUGCUACCACGAUCGUCUCUAGCAUUCCAUGCUCCACAUUCAGCCACCCUUUGGGUCACCGGAGGACCAGCUCUGAGGACAUGCAAAAACUAUGCCCUUUUCCACCUCCAGAGAUUUUUGAAAAGUUGCGCACAGCUGAGGCUCACAGUUCCAAAAAAGAGCUCACGCCUAUGGAAGAAGCUUCCAUACAGAAUCAGAAGCUGAGAGCUGCAUACGAGGCCCGGCUCGCUAGGUUGAACCCCAAUCAGGCUGCACAGAAAACCUCACUGACUCUGUCCCUUCAGCGACAAAUGAUGGAAAAUCUGGUGAUCGCUAAAGCCAGGGAGGAGACUCUUCAGAGGAAGACAGAGGAGCGCAGGCUAAGACUGCAGGAAGAGUCAAACAGACGUUUCUCCCAGAGCACAGACAUGACUCCAGGUCAGGAGGAACAAAGGAUGCUGUACACUGCCAUUCUGGAGUAUGAACAGGAUCAUGAGUGGCUGAAGCUUUGCAAGAUGAAGAUGAAGGGCAACCCUAGUGACUCUCACCUGAUCUCUAGCGUCAUGUUUCAGAUUCUCAGUACUCAUGACCACCCCAUUUCCAAAAUGAUAAGACGUCUUCAGUGCCAAAUAUACACUCAACUCUACGAAGUAAUCCGCAAAGACCCCACACAGCCCCUGUCACCCACUUGUUUUCACUCUCAGUCUCUUCCUGUUGAACGACUUCCAUUACCUACUUCAGGUACUCGGAAACUUAAAUCCUCACAGAGCUUACAGAGUUUACCCCUUGCUUCCAGGCCGGCAAUCCAACAUAGCUUGUCUACAGAAGGGGGGCUUAAAGGCUUUGACACUGACGGAGAGAGUGGACAUUGGAACAUUGAGAAGGAAAGCUCAUUUGAAGACUUAGAAAUGUUGCUAUCACCAACUGGCCUCUAUGGAGCAAAGGUUGUGAAGAGGUUAACGGCAACAGAACAGCUCAAUGAUAUUAUAAAAGAAAUUCACAAUGCCCGAGAUCUGCUCCUGUCUGUCUCUAUACUUGCUCUGGAUCUGAAGCCUAGCUCCAGCGACAAGGACGAAUGUCUGGAUUGCUUAGAUGAGAGCUUCUUUCCCCCUCUGUGGCCGGCAUUACUUGCCCUUUACAGGCACGUGUACAGUUCUCGAGAGGACACAUUGAUCCAUACAAUGGAUCUGUACAAAACUGCUCCUCCAUCUGUGGUGGGGGUCCCCCCAAAGCUGUACCCACAUAAUGUGAAGGAACCAUACAAAGCAGCUGUAGAAGAGCUGAAACUUCUCCCUUUACAGAGGAGCCCUCAGAGGAAGAUGGAAUGUAUUGUGAGAAGCCUGCGCGUGAUCUGCGAGUGUGCAGGGGAAUACUGUGACAAACCUGGGACCUCUGCCAUUGGAGCAGAUGAUCUCUUACCUAUCUUGGCAUUUGUAGUGCUGAGGAGUCACUUGUCAGAGCUGCUGUAUGAGUGUGCAGCUCUUGAAGAGUUCUUACAUGAAGGGUAUUUGAUUGGAGAGGAGGGAUACUGCCUGACCUCUGUACAGAGUGCUCUUGUAUACCUGGAGACCAUGAGCUUGUUCCCUGCUCCAACCUAUUGACUAAGGACACUGUAUAAUUGUUACUGACUACUAUCUUGCAGCUUGGCAUCUAAAAAGACUGUUACAUUUGGGACAUGUGAAUAGAUAUAUCUUUUGAAAAUGCACCUUAUCUAUAUAUAUAUAAAUUAUUAUUGUUUAUUUCAGGCUAGCAAACCUCUCCUUCCUUAUAAUUAAUGAACAGCAUUCAUGGAUGCUUCCAUCUAUGGGGUAUGAGGAAGACUGGCAAAGUGUUUUUUUAUGGGUACCACAUGGUACAGGGUGAUUGCUUAAAAUAACGUACUUUUAUGCAAAACAAGAUUUCUGUAAUAUACUGAAUACUAAAGGGGACACUAAAUCUUCUGAGUUACUUUUCAGCUCAUUUACAACCUGACCUGAGUAAGAUCUGCUGCAAAGAAGAACCUUUUUUUUCUUUUUAACAUAAGAUAACUUCUAUACAACUUUACGGCACCCAUUGUUAAAAUAAAACUUUACACUUAUUUCUUAAUUAUUUAUGCAACUAAUUGUAUUUUAAAAAUACAUCUGUAUAUUAUUCUCAGGAUACUCUUUGCAUUGAGUAUAUCAUUAUGUCUAGCAUAUUUUUAGGGUUUAAGGACCCUUGAAUAUUUCCUACCAACCGUACCAACACUACUUUUUUUUAUAUUACAUUACUGAUGUUCAGUAUAGGCAAUCAUGUAGCCCAAAGAAAGCAUUAUCCAUAAUGAUUGGUUAUGGUGCAGGCUGAUUUCAAUACCACAACGUGAUUAAAAAAGUAAAGCAAACCCCUGUUAUAAAUAACUGAAAUAAUUGCACAAUCUUAGUUGGGUAGGUGGAGUAUAGUAUAAAAAUGUAAAAUAAUUAUCAUGGCAUUUUCUUUUAUCUGACUUUUACAAAUGGUGAUUUAGUAUAAUUACUAUAUUUGUAUUUUGCUAAUGAGAGAGAUUAUUAUUAUAUUUUAUUAUUAUUAUGCAGUUUAGACAUGACUUAUAAUAACAAUUUAAAUUGUUUCCUUUGUUCUAGAAUCCAAACUAUCUAAAUUGAUCUCCAAUUCUGCAUGAGAGCUGUAAUUCUGUUUGCUUUGUCUGCCAAUUUAGCAAACUGUUAGAUAAUGUUUUCUUUCUGCAUCAAAUGUACACAAUAUAAAAAUGUGAAAAAUAUUUUAAUUUAUAUCACUGAAAGUAACAAACACUGAA